AUGGCUCAGGCUGUAGUUAAGUGUGGUAUAUGCCACGAGAGUGAUGGCAAGUAUAAAUGUCCUAAGUGUAGCAUACGAUAUUGUUCCUUGAAAUGCUACAAAGAUACUGAAAAACACAUUCAUAAAAACGUUCUAGAACCCCAAACCGAAACGGACCCUAGUUCAGAGUCCAAUAAUAACAACAGUGCUACCGUAACCGGUAGGAAAAGUUUGAAGACAAGAGCAUUCGAUGAAGUUUAUCAAAAUAACGUCCAAUUGCAAGAACUAUUAAAGUACAAUACAGUGAAAUUCCAUUUAGCGAAGGUUUAUAGAAUUCUAUCAACUGCCGUUAGCGACGGAAGUUCUGGAAACAUGAGUAGCGACCUACAAAAAGAGUUAGCUGUAAAUUACCUUAACACAUUGCGAUAUGGUGGUAUACAUUAUAAUGAGGCUAUCGAAGAAUUUUGCCAAAUACUAUUAGAUAGAUUAAAUGACGUUAAAGAAUAA